CAGAAGAUCAGCAGGAGUCCUGGAGUUAUAUCUCCUCAUCUUUUUCUCUUUUUUUAAAACGAACCGAACCUCACCUGUGGCCCCAUCGCGACAGACUUUUUCAUCAGUAUUUGCGCGCGGCAGGUUUGUUUCCUCUCCGAGGCGUUUCUUUGUAGAAAAUCACCAAAACGGAGCUGAACGAGGAAGACGGACAACGACCCUCCCUCACUUCUGCAAUCAUGAUGUCGAUGAACAGCAAACAACCUUUCAGUAUGCACCCCAUCCUCCAUGAGCCCAAAUACACCCCUCUGCACUCCAGCUCGGAGGCCAUCCGCAGAGCCUGUCUGCCCACACCGUCGCUCCAGGGGAACAUCUUCGCCGGCUUUGAUGAGACGUUGCUGCAGAGAGCAGAGGCUCUGGCCGCUGUGGACAUUGUUGCGCAGAAGAGUCACCCCUUCAAGCCAGACGCCACCUACCACACUAUGACCACGAUGACCAGCAUGACCUGCACCCCAACCUCGUCCUCCGCACACCUGCACCAUCCGUCGGUGCUCACCUCCCACCACCACCCGGCGCAUCACCAGCCGGCGCAGGGUUUGGAGGGGGACCUGCUGGACCACCUUACACCGGGCAUUUCUCUGGCUGGCAUGCCCGGUUCUGAUGUCUGCUCCACGGCCUCGCACACAGCUCACGCGGCUCACAUGUCUGCCAUCAACCACAUGCAGCACCACCACCACCACCAGCAGUCCAUGAACAUGCAUCCACACGGGCUGGGCUCCCACAGUUCCCUGGGGGCCGCCGGCGGAGACGCGGAGCCGGAUCCCCGUGAGCUGGAGUCUUUUGCUGAAAGGUUCAAACAAAGGCGCAUCAAACUGGGGGUGACCCAGGCCGACGUGGGGGCGGCCCUGGCCAACCUCAAGAUCCCCGGGGUCGGGUGUUUGAGCCAGAGUACCAUCUGCAGGUUCGAGUCCCUGACGCUGUCGCACAACAACAUGGUGGCCCUGAAGCCGAUCCUGGAGGCCUGGCUGGAGGAGGCGGAACGCGCGCAGAGGGAGAAGAUGUCAAAGCCGGAGAUCUUCAACGGAGGCGAUAAAAAGCGGAAACGCACGUCCAUCGCCGCCCCGGAGAAGCGCUCCCUGGAGGCUUACUUCGCCGUGCAGCCGAGGCCCUCGUCAGAAAAGAUCGCCGCAAUCGCGGAGAAACUGGACCUGAAAAAGAACGUGGUCCGGGUUUGGUUUUGCAAUCAGAGACAAAAACAGAAACGAAUGAAGUUUUCUGCUACACACUAAAAGAUUCCGCGUAGCUGCGGGACUCUGUCCCGUUUACAGAGAGACAAACCAGAGACAAGCUGCUACUGCUGCUGCUGCUCACUGUCAGAAAGAGAAAGGUACGCCGUUGGGCCUUUUGGAGCGGACAGGGCCGCGCGCGACACAGCAAGGGACGUGCACACUGAAAAAAUAAACAGAGAUAAUAACACACUCCUAAUAUUAAAUUACAGUUAUUAUUUCUGUUGCUCUAAUAAAGGAGAAAUAAAUCCGAUUUCAAGAAUGUUUGAAUUAAAAAUGUGUUUACAAACAAAAUGAAUAAAUAUUAAUAUUAAUCAGGAUGGAGCAACAUUCACAGCAGUGUUUUGGCACCAGUACCUGAACUAAGUCUAUGGAGCUGAGUCCAUAAAAAGUAUUCAACACAGGCGGCAACGCUUGGAUUUUGAUGCUCUUUGAGGGCAUUUCUGUGGUAUUUAUUUAUAUAUAUAUAUAUAUAUAUAUAUAUAUAUAUAUUAUUUUAACCUUGGAUUCGGGACAUCUGGUGACUUUUCUCUGCUCGGUUUAAACUGGAUCUCCUGUGAAGACUCAACCUCUUGCAACGGUGUACCUUGUUUCAUUCUGACAGCGCAGUCUGAGCACUGGGACUGAGAGGAAAAAAUAAAAGAGAGACUGAAAACCGGAGACUCUCAAACCUGGACACUUCUGAAAUGAGGAGGAAGUUAUCACCAGAAAAUGAAGAGGAUCAAACCUGUUCAUAUGGCAAUUAUUGUACAAAAAUAAGAAUGAUAAUGACGGGAAUGGAGCGAUAAUGAUGAUUAUUAUCCUCAGUAGCCGGAAUAGUUUUUUUUUUCUUUUAUAUCUCAGUGUACAUAGUUGUGAAUAUAUUACACCUCCGUGUGUGCAAAGGUUCAUUGAAAUGUAUUGAAUUUCCGCUGUACUUUCUCCCAGUUCUUUGAUUUUUCCAGUUUUGGGGGAACAGAUCAGACCUGACCAGUUAAAAAAAAAAAAAAAAAAGGUCUGGAUGAUUUAUGAGGCACAAUAUCUGUAAUCCAUUGCAUGGUUUACUCGUAUGUGGUUUAGGGAGUCCUUUCUGGUUUUUAUGUGCGUUCAUGGCUCCAAAAAUAACCAAACAACCCCUGAAAGUGAAUGCAUCGCAAUAAGAGGACACACACACACACACACUACACGCGCACGAAUCCACGCAUUCACACGGUAUAGCUGUGUGUCUACCUCAUUACGCAAGUGUUGGCACGUUCAUAAUGAUUUUAAAACCCACAGAUAUGACAAGGAGGAAUUUUUUUUGGUUUUUAAUGUGUUUUUUGGGUUUAGUUCCUCCGCCACAGUGAAUUAGGCCUAGAAAACUCACUGAUGUGUAAACCUGUUGUUUGUUCAAGUUCACUGCAAUGACGCUUCGACAAUCAAAUUAUUAGUAGUAUUGAUAUUAUUCAGAAGCUGUUGAACCCCCGUUUUGUGUCCUCAUGAAAAACGAAUGAUUUAGACUCUUGUUAUGAUGCUUUUGAUCACUGACACGUCUGUGGAGCGCACUUUGUAUAUAAUCUGAUGAAGGGAGAUGAUCGGCCUUAUUUAUACAUAUUUUUCAACACUUCUGAGAGAACUUUAUUAUUUUCUUCCUUUAUAUUACUCUUUAUUUAUUUGAACUUAAUUUAUUUUUUGACAAGAAAAUGAACACAUUUCAUUUGUGAAAGUGCUUUAAAUGUGUCUGUGUAAGCGGCAGAAGCUGAAAUAAAACCGUGCACGUUUUA